AAGACAACAAAAACAACAACGUCAACAGCAACAACAACGUCAACAGAUUUCCACUGAGAAUUCUACGCGUUAUUUAAUUAGUUUGUGACCUGGUUUUUAUCCUUUAUCCACUGGGGGUAGGCUGAUCUGUGUGGGUGUUGCUGUGGAACCAGUGUUGAACAAGGCAAAAAGAGGAAGAAUAUCGAUAUGACUAGGGCGUUGCGGUCUGGGCGAUUGAUCCCCACAAGCCCUGACGGGGAGUUGAACUCGAGUUCUGAUAACCAUAGCGAGACCGCCAAUGAAGGUUCGAUAGAACCAAACACGCCAGAUGAUUAUAACCCACCAAGGAAGAAGCAGAAGAAGAGCAGAGAGCUGGAAAGGUUGACCGAAUGGCACGACUGGAUGAUAGAGCAAGCGGAGUUAAAAGCGCGUCAAGAUCGGGCUAAUAACUUGAAACGUCGCAUGGAGGAAGAAGCUGAAAGGGAAUUGAAGGAGCGUCAGAGGAAAAGAGCGUUGAGAGAAGAGGAGUUACGACGUGCUAGGGAAUUGGCUAGAGAACGAGCUGAAGCCGAGAAGAAAAGACGCGAGGAGGAGAGAUUACAGAAGAAGCUUGAACGUGAACGGUUGAGGUUGAAAAGGGACAAAGAAAGGGCAAAAGCCGCAAAGGAUGCACACAAGUCAAGAAAUAAGAAGAAAGAAACAUCUCCUCCAAAGGUUGAAGAUGACCAGGAUGAUAUUGAAGAGAAUAUUCUGGAAACGAGAACUGCACAGAGCACCACAUCCAAUCUGGUUGAUGGUUAUCGGCCAUUUUUAACCCUAUGGAGAUCCGAUGUCGAGAUUCCAAUAAGGCCCAACUUCUUUACCCGUGAUGUUUUGGAAUCAAAGUCUUCUGAAGUGGUUAGUCUAAACUUCAAAUCAGCUGCCCAGGUGGCAAUGCAAAAAUCCAAGCGGUAUAGAGAUUAUAAAGGAUUGGAACCACGUACUAUCCAGAUUCAUACCCCAGUUUAUCCAGAGAUUACAGAGGAUUAUUUUCUAAAGGAAUCUCAAGACUUUUAUCUCGAUCCCCUAGAGGAAAUUGGACGUAUGAUGGAGGCAUUGGCGCUAACAUACAUUCCGGAAGAUCAGAAGAACAAAUUCUAUAACCCAUAUGCUCCUUACGAUUCAAUGGCUGGUCAGUACUCGACAGCAUUAUACUCCCAGGAUUACGAAAAAAUGUUUGAAAUCAUUCAAGAGUUUAAUAGUACUCUUCAUGAAUUACAAAAAAGUGGUGCUAUUGAGAAGCAUCUUCAACAAAAGCAAACUUUCUCCCGAAUGGUGCUACACGAGUUGCUAAAUCAGAUAUAUUCAAGAAGUGUUUCCCCAGAUGUCCAUUCCUUGAAAGUUUACCGUGCUUUCAGUAAUAACGUUUAUGGGGAACUUUUACCAAAAUUUUGUUCAAUGGUGUUUGAUCAGUGUGACUUGGAUUCAAAAUCGUGCUUUAUAGACUUAGGGUCAGGUGUUGGUAAUGUCACUAUUCAAGCUGCGUUGGAAUAUGGAUGUGAAAGUUAUGGCUGUGAAAUAAUGGAGAAUUGCUCAAGGUUAGCUGAACUGCAGGAAGUUGCGUUCCAUGAGAGAUGCGCUCUGUUUGGUAUCCAACCUGGUAAAGUUGGAUUCUUCCACAGACAAAGCUUUGUUGGCAAUGUUAAAGUUAAAAGUGUCAUCGACAGGUGUAAUGUGAUUUUGGUUAACAACUUCCUCUUUACGCCUGAUUUGAACAAGGAAACCCUAAUGCUCUUCUUGGACGUCAAAGUUGGAACAAAGAUUAUUAGUUUGAAGAAAGUCAUCCCAGAAGCUGCCUAUCACGACUUUGACGAUGCAUUUUUGUCAAUGUUUUUAGUUGAGAAGCACACAUUUGGUCCAGGGUGUGUCAGUUGGACUGAUGCACCAGGGGUUUACUACAUCACCACAUUUACCGGUGAGGUUAGCGAAGAGAGAAGGGAACAAUUGAAUAAGAUCCACAACACCAGAAAACGUGAGCGUGAGUUUAUGGAUAGAAGUGCAUCUGCUCGUUUGAGUAACACACCAGAAGCGACAGAAACCGUUACUAAAGAAUGUGCUGAAAAUAUUCACACUGAUUCUGAAGUGAAGAAAGAGUAUGACGACGCUGAAACUACAAAUGUUAAAACUUCAAAUGUUGAAACGUGCGCUAGUGAGGCAGCUAAAAAUCUUGAACCCUCUCAGGCAAAAGAAGAGCAACAUAUACACGGAUAGAAACAACCAUCAGCUUUAUCCAUUGACAAUACCACAAUUUAGGUAUUCCCUUCAAGAAAACAACUAAAUCCUGUUAAAAACGACUUGUAUAGUAUAACUUCCUCUGAGAGG